AUGCAUCGAAACCGAGUCACUCAUCCAGAAUGCAAACCAAUUAGCACUAGCUUCACCUCCGAAUCGAAGCCGGAUGUCAAGUCCAUGCUUCAUCGCGCCGUGCACCCGAACGCUAAGUUUGAGGCGUGUGUGACGUGGUUUGGAUGUAUCAUUGGCUGCAGUUAUUUGAUUCUUUUGGUCACGUGCGCGUUUCUGAACGUCGCCUUGAUUUUGUGGCCAUUAACGUUGCUGCGUCGGUGUUGCAAUCUGUCGAUCCGUACUAUUCGCCCAGUGUUUUGCUUUUUAGAAGAUAAAUUCUUCUCCAUGUCGAGUGGUUUAUUGGAACUUGUGGGAGGCGUCCGACUCGUCGUGACGGGGGACGAGGAACUGCAGUUUCAACCCCAAGACCACGUACUGCUAAUAUGUAAUCACCGCAGUGAAGUGGAUUGGAUCUUUCUUUGGAACCUAGCUCUACGACUUGGUGUGCACGACCGUAUCCGUAUCAUAAUGAAGAGUGUGAUUCGACACGGUCCCGGUGUGGGGUGGGCCAUGAUGUUGCUCGAAUACCCGUACAUCAAUCGAAACUGGAGUACGGACCAGAAGAGAUUGACUAAUUUCAUUGCGUCGUACAAGGAAGUGGAUAUGGGCUCAUGGCUGGCGAUGUUCCCAGAAGGAACGGCGUUAUAUGACAAGACGCUACAAAAAAGUCGCGACUUUGCUGUGAAACAGGGAAAAAGUACUUGGAACUUUGUCUUGCAGCCAAGAGUCAAAGGAUUCAAAUUGUGCAUGGAGAAGCUGGAUCCAGAGUACGUCGUGGAUCUUACAAUUGCAUACCCAGAGCUCAUGGAUGGAAUUCGACCGUCUCCGAUGCGAUUCGCUAAAGGACAGUACCCGAUGGAGGUGCACAUGCACGUGAAACGAUAUCAUCGGUCAGCGUUAGCAAAGCACAAGGAACACAUGGAUUGGUGGCUCAAGGACCGCUUUGCAGAGAAGGAGGAACGUCUCCGGCAUUUUUACGAGACUGGCGCGUUUGACGGUAAGCCAUAUGUGCGGCAGAAGCUUCCUAUGUGGAGCUCGGUGGUGCCGGGCAUAGCUUUCAAUUUGGGGCUGUGCUGCUUAGCGCUUUACCUAUUGCUUAACCAUCGUAUGGUCACGGCUACAUGGUUCACACUCACUACAAUGCUCUCCGUGCACCAAGCCCGUAGCUUUGGGAGCUAG